GAAGUAUUUUAUUAAGGGGGCCCUUCCAAAGCCAACUAAUCAAUACUCUUUUUCCUGUACGAUUUCGAUCAACUGAAUUGACCCGCCACUGCGCGCUAAGUGUUGGUGGUAGAAAGUUACCCCUGAAAAGGUGAAAUGGGGUUCGAUUUGUAAGCUACGUACCUAGCAUCUUGAAUGAUGAUGUAUAAACCCACCGAGUCCGUGAUUAUAUAAUCUCAUAAACAAUGAACGGGUAGAAUCUAGACACCGGUUAAAGUGGACAGGCUUAUGUAAAUUCGGCUAUUCUAUUAAUCGGAAUGCGAAGAUGAACUACCUACUUAAGUGACUUGACUCUGAAGAGGAAUUGUAGAAUUAGCAAAUUCCGUCUGAUGACAUCUCAUCAUGCUACACAACGUCUUAAUUACCGGGGGAUCCGGAUACCUCGGAGGUACCCUCCUUGCUCGCAUGGGCGCCGCCAACCUGCCCCCUUAUGGAAAGCUGUACGCCUCGGCGCGGACAACGGCGCAAGCAGACAGCCUCCGACAGUAUGGAGCGCAGCCCCUUUCCUUCAACCUGAAGGACGAGGCUGAAAUAUGGGCUUCCGUUGUCGAGAACAAGAUUACGGUGGUUUACUACCUGGUCGACGCGAUCUCUUACGGUCCGCCAUUGUUCUUCAUCAAGGCGCUCGCCGAGGUGAAGAAAAGAACCGGGCAAACGGUCCACUUCUUACAUACUACAGGAGCCAAGCUUUUUUCCAGCCACGCGGGCGCUCCGACUGACCGUCCCCUGCUGGAUACUGAUCCCCGGCUCUACGACAUUCAAAAAUCCCAACGCUCGAAGUUGAGCCUGCUUCAAGAAGCUGUUAAUAGCAGCUGCGCGGUAACAGAACAAGCUGAACAGCAUGAUGUGCGGAGUUAUAUCUUCGUGCCGUGUAUCGUGUACGGGAAAAGCGAAGGGUUUGGCGAACCCAUCGCGACGCUGAGACAGAUAUACAAGAUCGUGCAAGCGGCAAAGGCGUUAAAACGUGUAUAUCGCGUCGAUCCCGACCACCCGACCUGGCCGGUUUGCCAUGUAGUCGAUAAUGCUAGCUUGUAUAUAGAACUGCUGCGGAAGAUUCUAAUCGACGGAAAUCCUAGCCAUGGAAAAAAUGGCUAUUAUCUGGCUUCUUCGGGAAGCAUCGCGUGGGAUGAUCUAUAUAGCGCCGCCGGCUCGGCCCUCGCUAAACGCGGCGUCGUAAGCAGCGGUGAAGUGGAGAUGGCAGACGAUCAGAUCAUGGAAGAGAUGGGUGCCGCGCUCGGUGCCCCCAAGGAAUUCGUGCCUCUCCAACUAGGUGGAAGGUGCACGUUUACGGCGCGACGUGCCGGAGAAGAGCUUGGAUGGAAACCUAUCUACCAGCCGCAACACAUACUAGAGACGGUAGAUGCCGAAGUUGGAUGGAUACUUCGACAUUUGGAAGGCUGACUCGGAAAAUCGUCGAAGAAACUUGAACGAGACGCAUCAACAGGCUAUCUGGCAUUUGAUUAGAACUUGUUUAACUUCCAAGUUAAGGGUUCUAUGUAUCUUGACCAGCACGAAACUCGUUCAAAUAUAUAGGUAAUCGACCGCUAGUCUUAGCCUCUUUCAUCAGUCACAAUGGCUUCCUUAACUUCCGCGUAAACCAAGUCAUUCGUGUCGCGGUCUAAAAAGUGCAAACGUGAUCUUACAAGAACGUUCCUCAUUGGGUAUCUGGAAUUAAGUUAACUUCCUGGGGGAAAAGUCUAUAAUGGAUAUUAUAUGAUGUCCUCAUCAAUAAGUGAUAAUUGAAAAACGUCGAACUUCUGAAUCCGUCCACCUUCACAAGAAACCAGGCAUUCAUAUCAACGGUUUCUUUAGAAAGUGAAAAGCCCCUUAGGUGAGACAUUACACCCAAUACAAAGAGGAAAAGAUUAUAUAGUAACUCGACUUAGUAACAUGAAUGGGGAUAGGAUGACAUGUUAAGGUCUUUCGUGGGAUCGGAAUUCGAAUAAGACGGGGUCAAUAUUAUAAUCAGCCGACCUAUCGUCUCAAUGAAGCAAUAGCGUUAGUGGAUAUCCGGGUACUGCAAGUCGAGACAUCAGGAUUAGAGAACCAGCGACUGAACUGUUUGAGUAAUUAA